AAACCGGUCACUGGAAAGGAAUGAGGCUGUUGAAAUGUGUUGGCAUUAUCUUGAACUUAUAAUGUAUAAUAAUGGAAUAACGUUUUUAAUUUUGUUUUUAAUGGAAUAUCGUGCGGAAAUGUUAAUGUUAGUGAAUAAACAAGGCUGAGCUCCUUUCUGAGAUGUCAUGGAUAGGGAAACCUUUCAUAAUUGCUGCAGUUUGGCCAAAAUGCCCAGGCAGAUCCAUCAACAGCACUGCUCCUCUUAUUUCAUUGAGUACAUAGAGAGAGAAACACCUUACUUUAAAUUCUUCAAGAAGUAUCUGAUUCCGAAUCAACCAUGCAUGUUCUCCAAAAAAUUCACAGAAGAUUGGAACUGCAGAAAAAAUUGGGUCACGGUUGAUGGAAAACCAAAUUUACAAAGACUUCUGCGUGAAUUUGAUGAGACUCCUGUUCCUGUUGCAAACUGCAGUGCAAAAGAAUAUAAUUCCAACCCAAAGCAGAUCAUGCCUUUUAAGGAGUUUAUCCAGUACUGGAGGGAGUACAUACAGAAUGGGCAUUCUUCACCCAAAGGAUGUCUUUACUUAAAGGACUGGCAUAUGCAGAGGAACUUCCCUGAGCAUAAUACUUACAAGAACCCAAUUUACUUCUCCUCUGAUUGGUUGAAUGAAUAUUGGGACACAUCUGAAGUGGAUGAUUAUCGUUUUGUCUACAUGGGACCUAAGGGGUCAUGGACACCUUUCCAUGCAGAUGUAUUUCGCUCUUACAGUUGGUCUGCCAACAUCUGUGGACGCAAGAAAUGGCUUCUGUACCCUCCAGGCCAAGAGGAGUUCCUCCGGGACUGUCAUGGUAACUUAGCCUAUGAUGUAACAGCACCCGUACUUCAAGACAAAGGGCUGUAUGCACAGUUUGAAGAGGCCUGUCAGCCUUUAGAGAUCAUUCAAGAAGCUGGGGAGAUAAUCUUUGUACCUAGUGGUUGGCAUCAUCAAGUUUACAAUUUGGAGGAUACCAUUUCCAUCAACCAUAACUGGCUGAAUGGCUGUAAUUUGGACAUCAUGUGGCAGUUCCUGCAAGAUGAACUUUCUUCUGUCCAGAGAGAAAUUGAGGAAUGGCGUGAUACUAUGGACACCUGGCAUCAGCAUUGUCAGAAAACAAAGGAGAAAAUGAGAACAGAAGAAAAUGGCACCCGUCUCCCUACUGCUCCUUCACUCAUUAGUGGAUAAAUGACAACAUUAAGGACACUCGACUAGCAAUGUCUCAACACUCUCACCCUCUUGGGAAUCCUGCUUUAAUACUGGCUCUUCUUGACAUUGACGUGGAGCAGCUUGCAGAUUCCAUCACUAGAUUUAGGAGAGGGAGGAGCACAGAAAACCAGACAAAACAUAGAACAAAAACUACAACUCCCAGUUGGGUCAUUGACAGCACACACAGUACAAAGAAUGACAAGUUCUCCAUAAUUAUAGAAUACAAAUGUCACAGUGUCUGGUUUGUGUUAUCCACUAGACUAGGUCCUCUUCCCCACGGUGUAAUCCUUUCAUGUCAUCCUGCAUUCCCCUCAAUCCUUGUCUGUACCAAUCACUGUUCAUUGCACUCAGCUGUUCCCCAUAAUCAUUGUACCCAGCUGUUCCUUGUUUGUUCUUUGUUAGAUCUGUGUGUAUAUAUUCCCUGUCUGUGUCAGUAUGUGUUAUGGAGUCGUUGUUAUAUGUCACACCAACCUAUCCAGCGGUAUGUUUAGUAAUAUCAGAGAAUGUCUAAUUGAAGAGAAUUGGCACUGGCUGGUUACUUCCGGGUUCUGGAC